AUGGAUACCUCGACUAGGAAAGCAUUUUUUCACAAAUUACAGUCAAAUCCGCGCUGGAUAGACCAUGUGGUACCAAUGUUGCAAGCUGAAAAUGGAGAAGGAGACACUGCGAAGGAUUCGCCCUUCGAAUUAGUGGAAUCAGUCGUGAAUAUUCUCUUAAGCGCUGUGGCACAAUACGACUCGAAGUUUUCAUUCCAACCUGUCGAUGCGUCAAGUUUCUUCACGGAAAAGGAGAGGAACCAUUUUGAAUUGCUUCUUUUCCUUAGUCCAGACAGCCUUCGCCCUGCCGAAAUACGUUUGCAACAAGAAGGAUGUUCUCCGGGUGUCACGCUGGUCGAGGUGAUUCAAAACACGCACACUCUCAACACAUGGAAAAGUGAAUGCAGCAGAUCUUCUUCCGGACAGGAAUAUUUGUCAUCGAAAAUGUUACGAAAUGCAUUUUCUAAUCUUCUGUCCAUAUUGCUUACAGACAUGUUAUAUUUGCAGCUAUACCAUAACAAAACAACCCGUGGCAUUGAGGUCAGGAAUAUUUCUUCUGACAAUGAGGUCCGUGUUGAGAUUGACUUCCGAGGUUUGAUACUAACUGUUGACUUGUUAACUGCUAUUGAUUGCGAAGGUUUAUUGCCGAUUCACACUUAUCCUUCAAAAGGAAAAAAACUGGGUCACAAAAGAAACUCGCCUUCUAAACGGAAAACAGUUAACUGUGGGAUUCAGCUGGUUUCGAAAGCUACCUCGGUGGAGUAUCAUUGGAGAAUUUGGUAUUGCAAAGCAGAGAGAUUUGAGCUCGAUUUCAAAAGAUUUCCUCAAAGAUGGGAAAGUUUUCAGCUCUUUAAAACAUUGGUUUACAAAAAACUUGGUUGCAAUUUUCUUAAGCCAUACCUAUUACAGACUGUUUUGUUGCACGAAUGCGCAAAAUUUUCUGAUGUAGAUCAGUGGACCGAAGAGAAACUCCCUUCUCGUUUUCAUGGUCUCGUCGAGGUUUUAGAGUCGUUCGCUCGUGAUAAGAAUUGUCCCCAUUUCUUCAUUCCGUCUUUAAACUUGUUCACUGAAAUAAGCAAUGAAGAUCUGAAGGGCUUAUGUAGAAAGAUUAAAUUCAUCAGAGAAAGAUGUGGAAAAGUUAAAGGGCAAGAAAGCUUUCUGGAAAAAGAUUGA